UCUUGAUCAAUCCUUGUGAAAUAGGACUAGAGAACAAAAUAUCUCAGACCGUGGAGUGCGAGAGUCGGCGAAAGCAGGGAGAUGUGGUGUUUGCCUCCGACGAGGUGGAGGAAGCCAUGGCAGAUCAUAAGGUCGAAGGAGAGGAAAAAGUUUUAGGAGUUGGUUGUGGAGGAGACACGGCGGCAGGAGUGGACGACAUCGUGCUGAAUAUAGACGGGGAGGAUCUCAUCUUCUCCGAGGACACAUUUCCUUGCUUGCCCGACUUCCCAUGCCUGUCUUCACCGUCGGCCACCCCCUCGCCGUCCUCCGCUUCCACCUUGCAUGCAAAGAACGCAGUCCUGUCUUCUUGUUCCUCCGCUUCAUCUUCUUCUUCUUCUUCUUCCUCCUCCUCCUCUUGGUCCUUCUUACAGGUCCCUGACAGUGGCAGGGUGGCCGACAUGCAGCAGCAGGCGACCGAAGUUCAGUCGGUGGACGACAUAAUGAUGCUUCCGCCGCUGCCGCCGCCGUUAGACCAUCACCAGUCGAGCGAGUUCGCCGAUGGGCUCGACAUCCUCGGGGACAUCGACCUCUUCGAUCUGUCGAUUGAUCCCUGGGACCCGCCUUCCCUCUUCCACGCCGACGAAGCCAGUGCGGCCGUUAUCAGCGGCGGGGAUGAAGCCGUCGGGAGUCAUGAGAAGAAGCCGUGUCAGGCUGUAGAAGAAGGUCGUUUGCAUGGUCACGGGGAAGGAGUGCCGCAGCAAGCUCAGGAGGAGGAGUCUUCGGAGGAACUGGCGAGGAUAUUCUUGGAGUGGCUAAGGAGCAACAAGGACUCGAUCUCGCCGGAGGACCUCCGUAGCAUCAAGCUGAAGCGCGCCACCAUCGAGUGCGCUGCCCGCCGCCUCGGCCGUACUAAGCAGGGCAGGACGCAGCUGCUGAAGCUCAUACUCACCUGGGUCCAGAACAACCAUCUCCAGAGGAAGCGCCAUCGGUUGCCGUAUUCCUACGACCACCAGCCCCGGCCGUUUCCCAUCUCCCCUAACCCUAAUCAACUCGACUACAACUGCAAUCCUUGGAGCCCCUACUCCAUGGAUCCUUCGACGGCGGCUACGCAUCCAGCCUUACUGAGCGCCUACGCCGGCGGCGGCAACGGUGAGAUGGGGUAUCCCAGUGCAACAGCCAAUCCUUAUCCUUACCACCACAGCUGUGGCACCAGCAGUGUCGUCGUCAACAACCAACCUUUUUCUCCAUCUCCGGACUUCGUCGACCCCGCAGGGGGACCGUGGCCGGCGCGGUUAGCCUCAACCUUACCUCAGUUUGCGCCCUACCCAGGCACCUCCGCUUCCCACCCGCUGUCCAUGGCGCCGCCGCAGUAUUCCGGGGGUAUGACGAACCAGUUUCUGGGCCAUCCGAUGUACCACCAAGGCCAACGACUACCUGGGACGACUUCCGCGACGAAGGAGGCGAGGAAGAAGCGGAUGGCGAGGCAGCGGCGCUUCUCCUCUCUCCACCAGCACCGCAACCACAACCAGCCGCUGCACCUGCAGCAUGCUCAUCAUCCCGUCGGAUCCACCGAGGGUGCAAACGGAUCGUCUCAUUCGAAUACAAGGAAUUGGGGUUUCUGGACCAGCAUGUCCUCCUCGUCCCACCAGAUGAACCACAUGGCCGAGGCGCAGAAUGCUUCAAACAUGCAACAGACGCCGCCGCCGCCUGCGGCGCAACUGCCGCAGAGGCCUCAGCUUACCACCGCUUCGACCUCGGAGAAGCGCCAGGGAUGGAAGGGUGAGAAGAACUUGAAGUUCCUGCUGCAGAAGGUGUUGAAGCAGAGCGACGUGGGUAGCCUGGGCCGGAUCGUGCUUCCCAAAAAGGAAGCGGAGACCCACUUGCCGGAGCUGGACGCGAGGGAUGGGAUCUCCAUCCCCAUGGAGGACAUCGGCACAUCCCAGGUGUGGAACAUGCGCUACAGGUUCUGGCCCAACAACAAGAGCAGAAUGUAUUUAUUGGAGAAUACAGGGGAUUUUGUGAGGUCAAACGGGCUGCAAGAAGGGGACUUCAUCGUGAUCUACUCCGACGUCAAGUGCGGCAAAUACAUGAUACGGGGAGUGAAGGUUCGACAGCCGGUGGAGGCGCGAGCACCGAGCAGCAGGAACACCGGGAAGGCGCAUCAGAGGAGGAAUGGCUUGGAGAAGAUGGCUGGCGCAUCAAAAAUGAAAGGACGCAGUCUCAUACAUGAUGAUGCCGACAAGUACGACGACGACGACGACGACGACGACGACGAUGUUCCACCUUCUAUGCAUGGCUAAGAAGGAAGCUGAUCCAUGGAAUGGAUGAGAACGAGAGAACAAACAGAUUCCAAAACCCUAACUAACGCUCUUGCUUCCGUAGGGAGUCUCCGCUUAUGCCUGUUCUAUUUUGAUCACCUUUGGUCCUUGUGCAUACCAACUCUCGUGUUGUAACCAAUACUACUACAACUACCACAAGGC